CAGAGGCCAUCUUGGUGGCCGAGGCAUAACCUUCAGAAGAACAUUUCAGCGGCUAUUUAUUUUAUAUUCCCGCGAUGGUAUUCCUGCGAGCGGCCGCUGCCCGGCUCGGUCAACUAGCUCCCGCCAUCACUUCCCGGGCCAUCGGGACUUCGGCCACCAACAACCUCGUCGCUUUCCACGAGCCCGUCUCCCGACCGCAGCAAAAUAUCAAGUGCACCCUCAUUCCCGGAGACGGCGUCGGUCCAGAGUUGGCGGAAUGUGUGAAAGCAGUUUUCUCGGCCAUUUCCGUGCCCGUCGAGUUCGAGGAGGUGUUCCUAUCGGAAAUCCACCACACCAUCUCCGCCCCUCUCGAAACUGCCAUGGAAAGCGUGAGAAAGAACGGAAUCUGUCUCAAAGGAACGUUGGAAACUCCCUUGUCGAUGUCGUCGGGAGAAUUGCAGACGUGGAACAUGAGAAUCAGGAAAGACUUGGACCUGUUCGCCAAUGUGGUGCACAUCAAAUCGCUCCAGGGAAUCAAAUCUAAGCACAACAAUCUCGACUUCUUCGUCAUCCGAGAGCAAACCGAAGGAGAAUACUCCGCUCUGGAGCACGAGAGCGUCAAAGGUGUGAUCGAGUGCCUGAAAAUCGUCACGGAGAGGAAAUCUCGAAGGAUCGCAAAGUUCGCUUUCGAUUACGCAACGAAGCACGACCGUAAGAAGGUCACCGCGGUCCACAAGGCUAAUAUCAUGAAGUUGGGAGACGGUCUCUUCCUUCGAUGCUGUCAAGAGAUAUCCCAAUUGUAUCCCAGCAUCAAGUUCGAGCACAUGAUCGUUGACAACACUUGCAUGCAGCUGGUAUCCAACCCUCAUCAGUUCGAUGUGAUAGUGACAGGCAACCUGUACGGAAACAUCGUCGACAACCUUGCCUCAGGAUUGGUGGGUGGAGCUGGUGUCGUCCCAGGAGCCUCUUAUUCGAGUGACUGCGUGGUCUACGAGCCUGGAAGCCGUCAUACGUUCGGUGGUGGCGCCGGGAAGAACGUGGCUAAUCCCACCGCGAUGCUGCUCUGUGCGGCGAAAAUGUUGCAUCACAUGAACCUUCACUAUUAUGCCAUUCAAAUUCGCGACGCCGUCGAGAAGGUCAUCAAGAGUGGAAAAGUUCGGACAAGAGACCUCGGCGGCUACGCUAGCACUACAGAUUUCCUCGGAGCUGUCAUCGCUCAUUUGCCUCAUUGA